AUGUCUCCGCCACAGGAGAAAGCUGUAGCUGGUGGAGCUACAAGUGACGGCACCAAGACAACAGCUCGAGGAGGUGCUCGGCUACACCCGCUCCCAUCCAUCUUGUUGCAAUGCUUGACUCCUAUCGAAGGCAAACUAUCAACGGACGCGGACUUGUCUGCUCGGAACGUGACCCACCGCUCGCCUGAAGUGUUCGAGGACAUCGUCGCCAGGUCUACGCAGAUCCUAAAGAAGAAAGUCUCAGCCCAAGCUGGCUAUGGCGUGAGCUUAUUGAACUCGCCGGUGGCAACAGGAGCUGGAGGGUCAAUCUCCAAUGCUCAACACUCCGUGUCAACGCAGUACAACCGAGGCUACGCGUUGUAUCGACUGCAGCUGUACGCUCAAGCAGCUGAAGACUUCUUGGCGUGCUCGCGCAGCGACCCGGACCGUGCAGCUCCUGCGCUGUACAACCGAGGUUGCGCCUUGUACAAACUGGGGCGACACGCUGAAGCUGUGCGUGACUUGACGAAGGCGCUGAAGCUCGACUCAAAGAACCCUCUCUUCGUCGAAAGCCGAGCGCGUGUACUCAAGGAAAUGGGGCGAUUCGAGGAAGCCAUCCACGACUACACCUGGUUAGACACUCUUCGGCACCACCCGACCGCUUCGCUCUCGAGAGAUCCAACGUACGAAGCUCAAGAAAGCAAGACGAAAAUCUGGCUGGAGCAUUUCUUGAAACAGGAUCCAGGCAGAACACGCAGCCUUAGCGACGUCACUGAAGCUGCGCGGUUGGUGCGUUGCUGGAGCUUCUUCCGUGGGAUGAGAGCGACCAUGAUCGAGCGCUGUAUGCGUGACGCCACGUACUACCGCUUCGAGAGCGACCAACUCGUGGUGGAGCAAGGCAAAGCUUCGUCGAGUUUCCACGUCGUGCUGGAUGCAGUGGCGUCGCUCGUGAAAACCGUGACGUUCCAGGAGUCCAGCUCCCGCGAGCUCAGCAUGCUGUACCAAGGCGACACCAUCGGGUUGGAGCCGUCUAGCGCCACGAAUACUGAUGGAAGGUUGAUCAUGCUGCGCCACCGAGCUCAACGCCAGCUCAUGCUGCGCUCAAGGAUCGGGUCCAGCUCCCCACUGCUCGCGUCCCAUCGAUCUCUGAACACGGGGUUCUACUCCAGCAGCUUCCGAGCGCUGGGGUCUGCAGCGCGAACAUUGCCGGCUCUGCAUCCGAAAGAAACAGCAACUUUCUCGUGCCUGGACGAGGUGAACUGCAUGUUGCUGGACGUGGACGUGUACCUGAACAUCUUGAGAGAGCACGAGGAGCGGCUGCUGGAAGAAAGACUGCAGUUUUUGCAUCGCUGCCACGCGUUUGAGACGUGCUCGGACGAAAUGUUGGCGGCUUUGGCUGCCGUCUCCGGGUCAAAGUUGGUGGAUCCGGGCAAAGACGCUCUGAAAGCGGGCGAGGUGGUGAAGCAGCUCUACGUCAUCAAGAAAGGGGUCUGCCACGACUCGCUCACGUCGCGGUCGAGCGAUGGCUCCUGGGUGCUGGACAACGGCUGGAUGCUCACGAACCCGCGGCUCGUGAGCAGCGCGCAGGCUCUGGCCGCUGCCAAGCUGCAGCACUCGGAGGAAGUCACGGUAGCAGUACUAGCCAGCGGCCAGCUCUUUGGCGAACUAAGUGUCCUCCAACCCGGUCAACACUCCCCCGUCACCGUUCGGACCCAAACUUUGGUCGAGUUGCUGGUGUUCGAGGAGGACGACCUGAGCCAGCUACGCGUGCAGUACAUGAGCGGCACCAUGAACGCGUUACAGGAGUCUUUGCUCUUCCACAACCCUCCACAGCAGAAACUCGCCCAACUACGCUGCGAUCUGUCACAAUGGACCCGAGAGAAGCGCAGUGUGCUGGAAGAGCUGUUCCCACCAGGGUCGCCAGUGACCAAGUCUCCAGCCAAGAAGAGCCCUACAAGGACGCAGUCACCCGUGAAAAGGGCCAAGAAACCGGCCAAGGCUGCAACACCUGAGCCAACAGAAGCUCAAGCGCAGACAGCGUUGCAUGCUCGCCCUUUGACGUCACCGACCAGCAAGAGGUCAAAGACCGCUGCGGCGAACACUCGAAGGAGCAUGUUCUAUUGA